CAACAUCCUCACAGCUCCACCUUUUAGUGCCAGAUCUGUGCACCAGGGGUUAACAAAAAUGGGGACUAUCCACAACUUCUCACAGUGGAAAUGGAAAAAUGCAUACUGAACUGAACUGAACAGGACUGCUUGGUGGAAACAAGUCUAUAGAAUCCAAGUGACAUUUUGCUAAAUUUGAGAAAUUCCCUUGAGGUGUUCUUGAGAUAUUGUGGUCACAAGAAUGAGACAGAUGAGGUCACAGUCACCUUGACCUUUGGGAAUUUGUGCCAAAUUUGAGGAAAUUCCUUUGAGGUGUUCUUCAGAUGUCGCAUUCCUGAGGACGGGACAGACGGAUGGACUCACAGACAGGUGACCUGAAUACAUAUUGCCUCUGGCCACAGCUGUUGCUCAUGCAGAGUUAUAAUAAACUACCAAAACAAGACGAUGCUUCAAUUACCUACUUUUGCUGAAUCUGUGCUACCAGAUGAAAACAUGUUAAAGUUUAACCUCGGCUCUGAUCUUCCUCGAGGAGUGUAAUGCUGCCGAGAUGCUUCAAUUGUUGAGGAAAAAAAAAAUUAUCCUCUACCUACUGUGCAUCGUUGGCAUUGGACUGUUCGCCAGAUCUACAUGGAAGCUGUCUCCAUUUUCCUUUCACGGCUCAGGUCCUUGUGCCUGUUCCACAUGUUUAGUGGAGGGGGAUCUGAGGUUCAGGGAGCGUAUGACUGCAUGUCCUCAGCCCUUUCUGACAAAUAACUUAACAGUCACAGAGGAAACUUUCAACUGGUGGAAGCGCAUGCAGUCAAGAAGACCCAACUUCACUCUCUUCAAAUCAGCACUGGAAGACGUAUUUGACGUGGUCCCACACAUUCCAAAUGUUACGGUACUAGAACCCAGGCCUGACCGCUGCAGGACUUGUGCUGUGGUGGGGAAUUCUGGGAAUUUGCUGGGAUCACACUAUGGACCUCUCAUAGAUUUCCAUGAUAUUGUCAUAAGGAUAAACCGCGGCCCUACCAAAGGCUAUGAAGCAGAUGUUGGGACUAGAACAACUCAUCGUGUGAUGUAUCCGGAAAGCGCUGUUCCUUUGGACAACAACACUCAUUUUAUGAUGUUUCCAUUCAAGAGAAGUGAUUUCCAGUGGCUCAUCAACAGAUUAAUGCCAGGGGAAAAUGGGAAGAGAAAGGCGAUAGCUAACAAGAAUUUGGUGAUGAUCCUCAAUCCAGCUUUCAUGAAAUAUGUUCAUGAAACCUGGCUGUUGAAGAAGGGAGCCUAUCCAUCCACUGGCUUCCUGACUGUGGCUCUCAGCCUGAAGAUUUGUGAUGAGGUCAGCGUUUUUGGGUUUGGAGCAGACGCGGAUGGAAACUGGAACCAUUACUUUCAAAUUUUCAAAGAUAAACAUUUCAAAACUGGUGGUCAUCCUGGAGAUUUUGAAUAUGGAGUUAUUGAGCAAUUACACGAUUGGAAGGUGAUCACUUUUUUUAAAGGAUGGGAACGAAGAUGAGGCCUUUGGCUGCCAGACCCCAACUGAUGAUGCACCAAUGGGACCAAUUUGAACAGCACCUCCUUAAUGGACAUGGAAAGCCUUUUUCAGACAGUGAACACGUGACAUUGGCUUCACUUUGUUGGUACACUGAUGUUUUCAUAGGUGACUUUAAAUGUUCAGGACAUUUACAGACAGUACGGUGUACCUGCAGGAUAGUUGCCACCUGCUGCCUGUGUGUUUUGGCAUUUUGACGUUGAGGCCUUAAUUUCUCCAGGUUCUCUAAUGUCCCUAAAUAAAUCUUCCCCGUUAAGGUGGAGCUAUCAGAUCACUGCAAACAUGGUUUUAGUGUGUGGGCAUCCAAGAGAUGGUGUUUUGUAUUUUAGAUUCCUGUGACAAUGUUGACUUCAUAAUUUGACCUCAUACUUUGUUUGGUGGAUGUGGGGAGAGUUGGCAAUUACUAAGCAAUAUAUAUCACAACUAAUAUUAUUAUAAUUAUAAUAAUUUACUUACCCAUGCAGUUAGCAUGAAAAGAAGUUUAUAAUUAGGAUAGGAUAUAAUUAUUGUGUUCGUAUUUUUGUUUUUGUAUUUUUGUUGUUUAUGUCUUUUGCCACUUCUAAACUGGUGCAGUGCCAAAUCCAAUUGUUUACUAUCACAGUAAGACACUGUGUCUCUGUACAGAUGUAUUUAUAUUGUGUGUUGUUGUAUGUAAAUGUGAAUAUUUCCCUUUGGGAGACAAUAAAGUCCACGAUCUCUAUCAGUGUAUCUAAAAGAGUCCCUCCACGU